AUGAGAAGUGCCGUCAAGUCUCUGCUCGUUCCAAACCCAGCUGCGAAUUUCGAAGCUUACGUAUCCAAAUGCUUGUCGCUCUUCAAAACCACCACCAUCGCCCGAGGAACCGUCCUCCAUGGCCAUUUGAUCAAAACCGGUACUUCCUCCGAGAGGUACAUCUCCGUGAAGCUCCUGAUAAUGUAUCUAACUGGCCGGAAACCCGUAGAAGCUCAUCAGGUUGCGAAGGAAUUCGAUCGGUUUGAUCUCGUCGUGCACAACUGUUUCAUAAAUGCCAACAUCCAGUCGGGGGAACUUGACAAAGCUCGCAAGGUGUUCGACGAAAUGCCCGAGAGAAACGAGGUGUCGUGGACUUCGUUGCUUUCGGGGUUCAUGAAGUCGGGGAGAGUUGACGAGUCAUUGUGGUAUUUUAGGAGGAACCCGUUUCAGAAUGUGGUUUCUUGGACGGCUGUGAUUAGCGGGUUCGUCCAAAAUGGUUUGAUGUUAGAGGCUUUGAGCAUGUUCUUGGAGCUCUGUGAAUCAGAGAUCAGGCCGAAUGAAGUCACGUUCACGUCCGUUCUCAAGGCGUGCUCAGAAACUGGUGAGUUCAUGUUAGGAAUGAGUUUGUUGGGUUUGAUUAUCAAGACUGGAAAUGAACAUAAGUUGUCAGUUUCCAAUUCUUUGAUCACAUUGUUCUUGAGAAUGGGCGAAACAGAUUCUAGCAGGAGAGUGUUUGAUAGCAUGGCCAAAAGAGAUGUAGUUUCUUGGACAGCCAUAUUAGAUAUGUACGUUGAGAAUGGGGAUUUGGUCGAAGCGAGAAGAAUCUUUGACGAGAUGCCUCAGAGAAAUGAAGUUUCAUGGAGCGCAAUGAUUUCUAGGUAUAGCCAGAGUGGCCAUCCCGAAGAAGCAUUGAGCCUCUUCCACAAAAUGGUACGAGAGGGAAAACUCAUUAAUGUAUCAUGUCUCUCUAGUGUUAUAAAUGCAUUGACCACUGUCAAGGCUCUGCAAUCCGGGAUGAACAUCCAUGGACAUACGGUGAAAAUCGGGAUGGAGAGAGAUGUGUACAUCUCCAGCUCUCUUAUUGAUCUCUACUGUAAAUGUGGGCAGACUAACGAGGGACGCCUGUUAUUCGAUUCCGUUGCAGAGAAGAAUGUUGUCACCUGGAACUCCAUGAUUGGCGGGUAUGGGUUCAAUGGACAAAUGGAAGAAGCCAACUCGUUGUUUGAAGCAAUGCCUUCACCUAACAGCGUCUCGUGGAGUGCUCUGAUCACCGGUUACUUGGAUAACAAGCAAUUUGACAAGGUGUUUGACCUAUUCAAUCAGAUGCUUUUGUUUGGAGAACGGCCAAAUAAAUCCACAUUCUCUUCUCUGCUAUGUGCUUGUGCAACCACAGCUUCUUUGGAAAAAGGGAAGAACAUCCAUGGCAAAGCAAUCAAGCUUGGGAUUCAGUCGGAUGUGUUUGUAGGCACUGCUCUCACAGACAUGUACGCGAAAUCGGGCGAUGUGGAGGGUGCCUGUAGGGUGUUCAACAGAAUGCCGCAGAGAAAUGAGUUCACUUGGACUGUGAUGAUCCAGGGGCUUGCCGAGAGUGGAUUCGCGAUGGAAGCCCUCAAGCUGUUUGACGAGAUGGACAGUAGAACUCCACCUAACGACCUCAUGCUCUCCUCGGUCUUCUUCGCCUGCUCUCACUCUGGCUUAGUCAACAGAGGACUCCAGUACUUCAGAACCUUUGAGACAAAAAUGAACGGUUCGCACUACACAUGUCUAGUCGACAUGCUAUCAAGAGCAGGGAGACUGGAAGAAGCUGAGGAUCUCAUCGAAUCAAUGCCAGUUGAACCGGAGCCCAAUGCAUUGGCAGCUCUACUGAGCGGCUGUCAAAGGCAUAAGAACGAGGAGCUGGCAGAGAGAACGGCAAAGAAGUUAUGGCGAGCAGCAGAGAGAGACUCUGGAGGGUAUGUAAUUUUGUCGAACUUGUAUGCUUCAGCUGGGAGGUGGAAGGAUGUUUUGGAAGUUAGGAAGCUGAUGAAGGAGAAGGGAUUGAAGAAGAAUGGAGGUUGCAGUUGGAUUGAGCUGAAGAAUCAAGUUCAUUCAUUUCACUCUGGAGAUGGAGCUCAUUCUCAGUCCAUCAAAAUUUAUGGUGUUUUGAAACUAUUAAUGUAUGAAAUGGUUCCUGUGUAA